GCGCAGAAAAAAGGGAGGCGAGGAGGGGAUUUGAAAGCUUUGGGCCAGCAGGGCCGUGGCCUGGAAGAGGUCGUGGCGGGUGGGCUGGGCUGCCCUGGCCUGGGUUCUUUCUCGCCUCCCCUCCCCAGCUUACGAGGUGCCCCCUCCCGAGGGGACACCGAAGGGCCGAGUCUUCCUCCGCUUUGGCCUUCUGCUCUUCCUGUCAAAAAGAAAAAAAAGAUCCCAAAGUUAAGAAACGGGGCAACUGUGGAUUUUGCGUAUUGCCUUGAAGCAGUUAAGAAACGGGGCAACUGUGGAUUUGCGUAUUGCCUUGAAGCAGUUAAGAAACGGGGCAACUGUGGAUUUGCGUAUUGCCUUAAAGCUCGAGAAAGGUCACCGGCAGCACUUGCUUAAAAUCAGGACUUGUGCCCUGGUGUCUGGCCUCUUACCGCUGUUUCUGACAUGGCCUGCUUCCAUGUUAAUUGGAUCUAUCAAAUGCUUUUCUGGGAAAGAACUCUUGAUAUAACACCAAACAGCCUCAGGACACUGAAUGGUUUCCAGGUUUUUGAAAUUACAGGGUUGCUAGAAACAUUCUUGUAGGGGUCUCCUGUGCACAGCCCCAAGAAUUCCUCCAGAAAUCUUUCUAGGAGCAGUGAGGAAGACAAAAGAACCACUUGGGCUGGUAAAGCCAUCUGCCAGGCACUACUGCCACCAUGCCCAAGAGAAAGGCAAAAGGAGAUGCUAAAGGUGACAAAGCAAAGGUGAAGGAUGAGCCACAGAGGAGAUCGGCACGGUUGUCUGCUAAACCUGCCCCUCCAAAACCAGAGCCCAGGGCCAAAAAGACCCCUGCAAAGAAGGGAGAGAAGCUGGCCAAAGGGAGAAAGGGGAAAGCAGAAGGCAACAAAGAUGGGAACAACCCUGCAAAAAACCGAGACGCCUCCACAGUCCAGUCACAGAAAGCAGAAGGCACCGGGGAUGCCAAGUGAAGUAUACUUUUUUGAUAGCUCUGUACUUCUAGUGACUCUACUGUUUGAAAUACUAUUUUUUUUAAAUCAAAUUUUGUAAAAACGUAGAUUUUUUUUUUUUAAGUUAUGUUGUUAGCACACAAGACGCUUUGUUGUUAUCUUUUGUGGAAAGGGCAAAAUAACCACUAGUAGAACGUUUCAGAAGCUGGAUUGAAAUGGGGGAAAACAGAAUUUUCUAUCGUAUUUGAAGAUUAUUCUUGGUUCCCAGGAGAGAUUCUCCGACAUUCACACAUGACAGCCACUAUGGCUCAGAAGCCUUACCAUGUGGGGAAGCAAAACUUCAUGUCUUCUCCUUUCCUGAUGCCAUCAAAAACACAUCCUUGACUUCCUGAAACCAAGAGUCAUGAUGCGGCCUUGGCACCCCUAGAAUCAGCUGCGUCAGGUAACAAUACUCAGGAUUUCUAGUGAUGACAUCAAGAUGGUAUUGCUCAAAAGAGCCAGGAUUCCUGUUUGUAGUUUGUGGAUCAUCUCAUUAAUAGUCCUGGAGUUUUUAGUUCCUUUCCUCCAUGUCAGAGGUGACCUGUGAAAAGCUCUUAUAUGCCUCAUGUGAAAUAUUCACCCUUUCUGAAAACUUCUCCUGUUCAUUGCAGCAACAGACUUUGUUAACUUUUUGGAGAGGGGAGUUUGAAAGUUGUAAGAUGUUAUGGAUUGUCACCCAUGUCCUGCUGGAAGUAACUAUUUUUGAAAAGUAUCUUAUAAAGCUGGAUACAAGUUGGCUUCAUGGGAGGGGAGGGAUCAUUUCCUACUCCAAGUCAUAAAGAUAUCCUUUACUGCCUUGUAAAAGUUUUAUAGUUUUGCUUUUCACAUUUGUCUUUAGUCUUCCCUGAACUGAUUUUUGCAAAAAUAUGAGAUAGUAAUUCAAUAUAAUAUUUUUUCCAUAUGGUAAGUGGUUGUCCCAACCACUUGGUUGUCCCAACUUUUCUGAAAAGUUCAUCCUUUCCCCGCUGAUCUGUAAUAGUGGCUUUUUUCAUAAAUCAAGUUUCUUUUGUGCGGGGCGGGGGGGGGUGAGCUGGGAGAGGUCUGUUGAUGGUUUCGAUUCUGACUCACUGGUCAAUUUGUCUAACCUUGUGGCAAUACUAUACAAUCCUGAGUACUACAACUUUAGAAAAAGGUCUUGAUAUCUCAGGACAAAUACCACCUCCACCUUUAACAUCACCACCAAACUUUUCUUCGUUGGAGUAUCUUGGCUAUAUUCUUAGCCAACUGCUUUUCCAUAUAACUUCUAGAAUUAGAUUGACAAGUUCCAAAUCAAACUAACAAAAGGUGGAAUUUUUAUUGGAUUUGUAUUAAAUUUAUAGAUUAAUUAUAAUAUUGAGUCUUCCAAUCCAUGAACAUGGUAUAAUUCUCCAUUUAGGCUUUCUAAAUGUCUUUCAAUAAAGUUUUAUAAUUUUCUCCAUAAA